GCCGUAGCGGAAGUUCUGGAGCGAGGCGCCGGCCCUUUGGGCCCCUCAAGCCGCGGUGUACUCCACCGGCCCCCUGUGGCCUCUCCAUCCGCGGCGGGUCUGUCCCUCCUUCUGUCUCCGGGUGCCCACGUACCCCCCACCUCCGAACGCCGUUCCCGUGUCCCCCCGCCGAACCCCAGAGUGCCCACGGCCUCCAGCGUGUGUCCUGAGCCUUCUUCCCCCGUCCCUCCGCGGACCCCGGCCGCGCAGACCCCGCCUCCCCACCGGAGAGGGCGGGCACGGACUCAGGUAUUGCUGGGCACAUGGAUGGCCUUGGGGGCCCCGCCCCACCUCAUCCUGCUCCUUCCCCCAGAUCUCAGAGGUGUGGACAAGCAGCCUACUAGGGCUAGAGAUGGAUAGCAGAAAACUGUCCCCCCAGGGGAAGAAGCUGGAGUCGCACCUCUCCCAAGAGCACAGGCGGCCCCCACUGGGCCUGACAGCAGCCUGGGGCCAGCCCAGUAUCCAGAGCAGCGUUCAGCAGGGACUGCAGACUCAGGACUGGGUGUGCGAGCCGCCGGAACGCGGGCGCCCGGGCCGCCACUGGAGCGUCAGCAUCGACGAGCGCCGGCGGCUGGCCACGCUGGGCGGCCGGGAGAGGCCGGGCGCCGCCGGGACCCAGCUGCACUGCAGGGACGUCGUGCAGAUGGUAGCCCAGCUGGUGUCGGAGGACGUGGACAAGGACGUGCUCCUUCCCCACCCGCUGAGGUCCACCGAGUCCACCAACGCCUUCCAGGACUUCCUGGCGCGGAGUGCGCCUUUCUGGCAUAAUGCGACUUUCGAGGCCUCGAGGUCACCCCCUUCCUAAGAGCCCCAUUCAGCCCGUU